UUAUAAAUUUAAUUGAAUAAAGAUAAUACUAAUAAUAUUACUUUAAUUUAAGUAACAUUUACAUGUUCAAUAUUUGUAAAUACGUGAAAUGGCGGACGAUACCUCUGUUUGGCUUGUGCUACGCGAAGCGACAGAAUAUCUGUCAAAACUAGGUUCCAAUUUGCGAACUCGAUCAGAAAAUCUAAAAGAAAAAAGAAUACUCCGAGAUAAGUUGAAGAAUUCUCAUGCAGCGAAAAAGGCAGCGGACAAAGUGCUUUUAAUUUGUGAACUGUCAAAAAAGUCGCUGGAAAAUGUCGAAAGUGGCGUUACCAGAGUGCUAUCAGUAUUACACGCUGCCCAAAGUUCAGCAAGUGGCGGGAAAACACCGGCGCCAAGAAAAUCAUCAGAUCAAAAAACUAAUUACCAUUAUUUCGAAUAUGAGUCUUAUAAAUUGCGCAUAUCGAAAAAAAUUCCCCUGAAACAUUUCAUGUCUGUAAAAGUAUUGACACGUUCUAUGUCAAUAUCAAUGCAGGAUAAAUAUCCAGUUUAUCAUGACUGUAAAUUGUAUCGCAUUAGAAAUAAAGGACAGAAAGCUGUGAAAAAAAAGUGUACCAAUGAACAAAUUUCUACAAGUGACCAAAAAUUAGAUAGUGAACAAAAUAAAUUAGAUAUACAUCACUCUGAUAGUGAUAACUUUAACCAUCCUGAAGGUGUCACAAGUAAUUCCUCCAUCAAUUGUAUUAAUAAUGAAAAUAGGAAAGAUAAACUUAAAAGUACAGACGAAAAUAUAAAUGUGCCUGAAAAAAAUUUGCCAGCUUUAUGCAGUAAAACUGAGGAACCCAUGAAUCAUUUUGAAAAGUCAGUUUCUACUAAUGGCACAAAGUUGAAAGAAAUUACAAGUUUAUCACCUAACAAUGAUUCUGAUAAUGUAACUUGUGCUGAUAUUACUUCGCCUCUAGAGAUAAUAACUGAUAAAAAUGUGUCUAAAAUAAAUAAUAAUGAAAAAUCAAAACCUAAUAGUAAUAAGGUAUGUGAAAAAAGGAAACAAAGUUCUGAAGGUGAUUUCAUUAACAACUUAGAUACUGAUAUUCAAUUAAGUGAAGGGAUAAGUUCUAGAAAAGACAGUUCUGCUAUGAUUAGUGAAGAAUUGGUUUCUAAUAAUGAUAAGGAAUGUAUUAAUGAUGUAACUAAUGACAAUGUCUCUGAGAGUGACGUAGAAAGAAUAAGAAAACAUAGUCGAAAAAGUAGAAACAAAAAAAAGUAUGUCCUCAGUGAUGAUUCUGAAGAUGUCUCUACCAUGACUGUCACUUCAAAUAGUGAAGUAAUGACAAACCAAAAAGACCAGGAUUUGAGUAAAAGUAAUAUAAAAAAAUCUGUUAAGAGGAAAAGAUUAUUACUUACAGAUGAAUCUGAUAACGAUGAAAUUAUAACUAAUUCUGAUGUUGUAACUCAAACUAAACCCACUACUAGUGCUAACUUAGAAUCAGAAAAAGAAUCCACAAGUAAGGAAUUACCCAGAUGUUCAAGCAAAGAAGCUAAUGCAAGCAGUAAGCAUAGUGAUGAAAUUAAGUCAAAUAGUGCAAAUGAGGAUGUAGUUAUUACUCUGGAUGACUCUGUUAUUAAUCUAGAUGAUAGUGAUAGUGAUACUAAGGAAACAAGUUCCACCAAGAAAAGAAAACAUAAAAAAGUAAAAUUUAAUGAAUCUGAUACAGACAGUAAAAAAAAUAAAAAUAGUGGUUCUGAAGACAGUGAUAGUAACAUAGACAAAGUAGAUACAGGAAAGCCUCUUAUAAAAUGUGUUAGUAUAAGUAAAUUACUGAAACCAGAUAUAUUAAAUAAAUUUGCAAAUAUUUCAUCAAAAAAAGAAAUUAUCAAAAAGAAAGUUUCACAUAAACAAUAUGCAAAACAUAAUAAAAGUGAAAAAAGCCUAAAAAAAUCACAUAAAAAAGAGAUAGAAGAGGAAUAUUGGUCACAGAAAAGAGAAGAAGUAAAAAACUUCAAAGAAAAAGACUUUUUCAUAAAGUUAAUUAGAUUACCUAAUAUUUCUGUAGAUUUUUUGCUUGCACACAAUUUGAGAAAGAUUAUUAGAAAUGAUUUAGUUAUUUGUGAAGUACCCGAUGAAAGGAAUGAUUUAGCUAAAGAAUUAAGUCCCAUAUAUAAAAAUUCAUCUACAGCAGAGAGUUGCAGUGGAAUAAGUAAUAUGAGAAAGCCUUUGUUAAAUGACUCUAGAGAAAAAUCAAAAUCAAUUAAAAAUCAGAAUGAUGAAAGGACUGAGAAGGAUGAAACAGAAGCAGUUAAAAAUGCAUUGCUCAAUGAAUCGGAUUCCAAUGACGAUGAGAAUUGUAACAAAAGUGAUAACAAAGAGGAAAAUAGUGAGAAAACACAUUGUAAAACUAAAAGUCCAGAAAAAACUAUUGAUGAUGUUCAGAAAUAUAAAACUGCAUUGCUUUUUACAUCAGAUUCAGAGAAGGAAUUUGAAGGAUUUGAUAAAUCAGCAGCUAAUGACAAUUUUAAGCAAACUCUUAAGGAUAAUUCAUUGCUCAAUGAUAAAAAUACACAAGAUAAUGAGCAAUCAAAAGACAAUGAUAAUGCUGUAUCACCUGAUAAAAAUGAAAGAGAAAGUGAAAAACAGAUGUCACCAAAAGAUUCUGAGGAAAUAAAAACUGCUUUAUUGAACUCUUCAGAAUCUACACAGUUUAGUCCUCAUAAAAAAAAAGAAGACAAGAGUGUGACACCAAGGUCUAAAAGGAAACAUAUAAUGGAAAGUAUGCAUGCAAAAAAAAUGUUACUUACAUACUCAUCCAGUUCUGAAACUGAAGAUGAGGAAUUAAGAGGUGUUCUUAAAGAAAUAAAAGAUUCAUUGCUUAAAGGUGUGGCUAGUUCGGAUGAUGAGAAAAAUAAAAAAAAUGAAUGUCAACGGAAACUUAAUUCUUCCUCUGGUUCUGAGGAUAAAGAAAAGCAAGGGAAACUAUCACCAGCACAACAGUCUACAGGCUCAAAAAAUAAUUCUGACAAUGAGUCCAGGAAGUCAAGAGAUGAAGAUGAGCAGUCAAAUUCCAGUAGCAGCAAGAUUGGCCGUUCUAUGGCGAAAACUGGUGGUUCUGAGGAGAAUUCAGACACGAAGAUUGAUAAAGAGUUAGAUGGGCUAACGAAUUUAAGUAACCUGAACAAAAAACGCCGACGGCGAGGUUCGACAUCAAAAUCCACCAGAAGUCGCAGAAAGAUGUCAAAAUCUCCACUCAUAAAUCCUGAGAACAUGCUGCAGACCGAGAGCAGCUCAGAUGUGGGUUCCGGCGCUGAAAGCGAAUGUGGAGAAGACUUGCCAACAAUAACGCUAUCAGGAUUAAAUGGCGAUAGCAUAGGACAUAUCGCCAAGGAUGACUUACUCGGUGAAUCUGACUCAUCCAGUUCCAACGUAGACAAAGAAAAUGAACCAGAGGACGUAAAAAAAGAAGACUCAGAAGAAGAACAUGUCAAACUUAAACGUCGCAAACCGAAUGCUAUAUCGUCAGAUUCAGAAAAUGGUUCAACGCGCAAAAAAAACAAAGAUGUGAAGAUGAGCGAUUUUGAAGAUUCAGAGGAGGAGAGUUCAGAACCGGCCAAGAAGAGUAAUAAAAAGAAGAAAGGUACCGACAGUGAUGCAUCUGUCGACCACUCCUCUGAUGAUGGAAAUAAAAAGAAACGUCGCCGAAUCAAACAGGUCGACAGCGAAGAAUCAGGAUCGGACACGGAAAAUGAGGGCCGGAACAAACACGGAAGAAAAAAUAUCAGAAAGGUUAUGGGAAAAAAUCAAUUGGAAGAGGCCACUAAGAAAGCUGCGCGGGAAGAAAAAGAAAGGAUCGCUCGUAUUGCGGAAAGACAAAAAUUGUAUAACAAUUUAGAGUUUGACGAGUCUGGUAAACCAGAUGAGGUGGUGUUAGAGAAAGUGGUCCUUGACUUUGAUCCUGAAACAAAAGAGCCGCUCAUCGAAGUUGACAGGGGACUGGUGAAGAAGUUGAAGCCACAUCAGGCUAACGGUAUCAAGUUCAUGUGGAACGCGUGUUUCGAAAGUGUGAAGCGCAUUAAAAAGGACAGGGGUUCUGGGUGCAUUUUAGCCCAUUGUAUGGGUCUCGGAAAGACAUUACAGGUAGUAUCACUGACGCACACUCUGCUGGCGGCGGCGGACCUGACUGGUGUGAACCGCGUGCUGGUGGUGUGUCCGCUGUCGACGGUCCUCAACUGGGUCAACGAGUUCCGCAUCUGGCUGAAGCACGCGCACGCCGCCCGCGACCUCGACGUCUACGAGCUAUCCAGGCAUAAGCAGAACUCGGAACGCGCAUACCAGAUGCAACAGUGGUUCGAGAGCGGCGGCGUGUGCGUGCUCGGCUACGAGAUGUUCCGUAAUCUAUCCGCGGACAACGCUAAGAAAUUCAAGAAAAAGAUGCUUCGUAUCUUCCAAGAGAGUCUCGUUGAUCCCGGUCCCGACUUGGUGGUUUGCGAUGAAGGUCACUUACUAAAGAAUGAAAAAACGAGUUUGUCGCAGUCUAUGAACAGGGUGAAGACGCGGCGGCGCAUUGUGCUCACGGGGACACCGCUACAGAACAAUCUCAAAGAAUAUUACUGCAUGGUACAAUUCGUAAAGCCUAAUCUGUUGGGAAAAUACAAUGAAUAUCUUAAUCGUUUUGUGAACCCCAUUACCAAUGGACAAUAUACCGAUUCGACGGAACACGACAUAAGGGUGAUGAAGAGACGUUCACAUGUACUACAUAAAAUGUUGGAUGGUGCCGUGCAGAGGAGAGAUUACGGGGUGCUGGCGCCCUUCCUGCCUCCGAAGCACGAAUAUGUGCUAUUCAUCACACUCACAGAUGUCCAGAUAAAACUCUACCAGCACUACUUAGAUAACUACUCAAGGAGACCACUACCGGGCAAGUCGUCAGGUUUCCUGUUCCCUGACUUCCAGUCGCUGCAGAGGAUAUGGACGCACCCACUCGUACUCAAAUAUAACUCUGAAAGAUACGAGAUCAUGCAACAAAAGAAAAGGGAGAGAGAAGAAGAAGACUCAGAGGGAUCAUUGGCAGACUUUAUAGACGAUGAUUCAACGCCAGAAGAGUCGACAACAGAAGAAUCAACCGACGACUCCUCGGACAUGAGUGAUGACAGUCACAAAAAGAAUAAAAAAAAGAAAUCAGGGAAAAAAACUAAGAAGGAACAAAAGGGGACUGCCCGGAGAGGGACGAGAGCAAACCCAGUGGAAAUUGAAGACGAUGAUAUACCUGAAGUAAUGGAAGUGAAAAAUGAGAACCCAACAGAGUGGUGGAUCAAGUUGGUUUCUGACGAUGAACUGGAGGACAUGAGAAACUCACACAAACUUGUGCUGCUUUUCGACAUAUUGCGGCAAUGCGAGACCAUUGGUGAUAAGUUACUCGUAUUUUCGCAGUCACUGUACUCAUUAGAUCUUAUUGAACAUUUUCUUGGGAAAGUAGACGAAGCCACACAAGAGGGGCGUAUCGAUGAGAAAUUAGGAAGUCAUGUUGGUUCAUGGUCACCAGGAGUAGAUUAUUUUAGAUUAGAUGGGUCCACAUCAUGCGAAAAUAGGUCUAUUUGGUGCAAGAAUUUCAACAGAGAAGAUAAUCCUAGAGCUAGAUUGUUCUUAAUAUCUACGAGGGCAGGUGGGCUCGGCAUUAACCUGGUAGCUGCGAAUCGCGUCGUCAUCUUCGACGUCUCCUGGAACCCUUCUCAUGAUGUGCAGAGUAUAUUCAGGGUCUACCGAUUCGGACAGAAAAAACCAUGUUAUAUAUAUAGGUUUCUUGCUAUGGGCACAAUGGAGGAGAAGAUCUACGAGCGUCAGGUGACGAAGCAGGCGAUAUCGAAGCGCGUGAUCGACGAGCAACAAAUCGACCGGCACUACGCGGAGAACGACCUCGCCGAGCUCUACAAGUUCGAGCCAACGCCGCCCUCGCCCAGGCAGCUGCCACCGCUCCCCAAGGACAGACUGUUCGCGGAGAUGCUCAAGGAGCACGAGGCACAAAUCUACAAGUAUCAUGAGCACGAUUCACUGUUAGAGAACAAAGAAGAGGAGACAUUAAGUGAAGAGGAACGCAAAGCGGCCUGGGAAGACUUUGAGAAUGAGAAGAAUCGACCGCCGCCCGCGCCUUUCCCCUCUGCCUGGCCCAUGCACAAUGGAAUGGUUCCAGGAUUGCUGGCACAACAACAACAGCAGUUGGCGUAUGCAGCAUUAGCGGCAAUGUUACGGAAAGACAUACCCAACAUUAACGACAAUCAGAUACGGGACAUGCUGCCACUUAUAUACAACAGUAAUCCACAGCUGAUGCAGAAAAUGAGUGAAAUGUACAAGUACACACAACCUGGUAUGAUGAAUCCGGCAAUGAUGAAUGCUGUAAUGAAUCCCAGUGGAGGCGGUGGUGGCGGUAUGGGCGGCACCAGCAGUCUGCAGUACGAGCCGCCGUGGCAGCGCCAACAGCAGCAGCAGCACCAGAUGCGGCUCCAGCAGCUGCUACAGCAACAACAGAACAUGGGGGCGAAGUACUACGCGGGCGGGCUGGGCAGCCGCGACCCGGUGGCGAUGGCGCUCCAGCAGCAGCGCGCCCGGGAGAUCAUGGUCGGGGAGCGCGGCGCCGCCCCCGCCCCCGCCCCCGCCCCCGGCGCCGGCGCCGGCAGGCCGCGCGGCCGGCCCCCGCACCACCCGCGCCCCACGCCCGCCGCCGCACCCGCCCCCGCUGACGUCGUCAACCUCGACUCCGACUAG